GGCUGACAGCUCUAUUGUUGGUCUCAGCUCUCCACCCAGCUACUGUGCCCUCACAAAAAACAACUGCCAAUAGCUCAUGGAAAUCUGCCUGCCUUGGCAUAAUUCAGCUUCACACUAUUCAGUCUGAUAACAUUUUUUGGGGGGAAAGAGUGUGUCUGUAGGUGCAAGAUGUACAGCUUUAUGGGAGGUGGAUUGUUUUGUGCAGGAGUGGGAAAAAUACUCCUGGUGAUCUCCACUGCCACUGAUUACUGGAUGCAGUACCGCCAGUCCGGCAGUUACAUGCAUCAGGGCCUGUGGCGCUACUGUCUACCUGGAAAAUGCAUGACCCUAACAGACAGCAUCGCAUAUUGGGAUGCCACUCGGGCCUUCAUGAUCCUUUCCAUCUUAGCUUGUUUCUUUGGCAUCAUCAUCGGUGUCAUGGCUUUCAUCAAUUACUCCUCCUUUAGCGGAUUUGACAAAACCUUUGCUGCGGGAAUUCUCUAUUUCAUUUCAUGCUUCUUUGUGCUGCUGGCCAUGGCUGUCUACACUGGGAUGACAGUCAACUACUAUGGAAAACGAUAUGGGAACUGGCGGUUCUCGUGGUCGUACAUAAUGGGCUGGGUUUCUGUGGUGCUCACUUUCUUUUCAGGGAUCUUCUAUAUGUGUGCUUACCGGAUGUAUGAACCGAGAGGCCCCAUGUCACGCUGAUGCUUCUCAUCAUAGAUCUGAUAUUUAAUCCAUUCAGUCUGA